AUGCUCAGCCUGCAGCGCGUCGUCGACAGGCUCGCGCAGCAGCAGCAGCAGCAGCAGCGGCAGAGCGGCGACGAGCGCUGCCUCAAGACAGGCGUCUGGGUGUCGCUGGGUGCCGGCUCCUUCUGGAGCUCCACGUCGAGCCGGGUGGACGCCGAGCGGCGCCUGCUGCAGUCCCGUUGCAACGUGCUGCUAACCAUCCUGCCAGACGAGGAGGCGCCGUGCAACCCGAAGCGCAUGUCUUUGAGGGGCAAUUCCGUCGACGACACGAUCUUCCCCCUGGGGGCCCUCUUCCGCGUGGUGCGGGUCGCCCGAAAGGUGAGCUCCGACCUGGGCCCGGGCAGCGGCGGCCACGCCGCCAGCAGGUGGCCGGUCUACGAGAUCGAGCUCAGGGCCUCCGUGAGGAUCGCGUGGAGGCCCUGGAGCUGCUGUCGGAGCGCGGGGAGCUGA